GCUGUACAUGUUCUCAUUGUAAGACAUAAGAUUAGAUGCCUGAGAGAUUUUCCAAUGCAAAAUGUUGCACAAGUGUGACAUGCUACUUAACACACGCAAGUUUGUUUCUCCAAAAAACUUAGGAAUAUCGUACAGUAAUGGUUUACACGUGUAUACAGUGACUUCUUUUACCCUCAUUAUUCCGACAGCUUUGUGGCAAUGUUUAAAGUUAAUUUUGCCAUUUGAUUGAUGAUCUUCUUAUUACUGAAGGUUCUAAGCCUUACAGAGAACAUAAUAUUUUACUGAGGUGGCAGUGGAUCAUGCUGUUUCAUGAGAAACUCUAUCUUGCGUUUCAUUUCCUUGUUGUAGAGUCUGUUGCACUUCUCGUACUCCAGCCUUUCUCGUUUUUCAGUUGGCUUCUCGUAAAAUCUCCCCCGUGCUAUCUUGCUCACUAGCCCAGUAUUGCGCAUUAUGUUAGUUAGAACUUUGUAGGCAGCAUCUGUAGACCCUUUUCCAACAAAAACACUCCUGUUUGUAGCAAGGAAACGGCCGGACAUCAUCGGCAUACAGCUAAUAUUCAGUCGGAUUCCCGGAUUUCACUUCGGCGCGACCCCAAGGUCGACGCAAUGGCCAGCCCUUAUUAAAGCACACUACUCUGCUGAAGGCAAAGCUGAUGGGGAAAGAUCGGCGGGAGAAGGAUCGGGAGUCAAGAAGAGAUCGGGAUACGCGAAACAGUGAUGAUGAGAAAGAAAAGAAGAAGAAAGACAGAGGUAAAGAAAAAGAGAGGAAUCGAUCACGCGAGCGAGGGAGGGAUCGAUCUAGAGACAGAGACAAUGAAAAGACAAAGGAAAAGCGGCGUGAAGACAGGGAAAAGAGAAGAAAACGGUCACGUGACAGAGACAACAAGAAAGAUCGUCCUCAAGACUCAUCAGGACAUAAUAGGAGGCACCAUCAAGCAAGGGGAAGAUCAAGUAGCUUAUCAGACGAAGAACAAACUUCAGCAACAAAGAAGUCUAAGACAAUGGAUGAGAGUGUUCCUGAAGAAGCACCAGGUGGCACAAAGACCUCAGGAGAGAUAUCUCUAAACAUUGAAGAGACAAACAAACUGCGGGCAAAUCUUGGUCUAAAGCCAUUGCAAGUAGAUGAACAAGGUGACAAUAAAACGUCAUCUCAGGUCACAGAAGAAGUACAUGCACCUCCAAGUAACCUUGGUGCUCUUCAGGCUGCUGAAAAGCUCAGAGAGAAGAUGGAAACAAUUAGAGAGAAGCGGGAGCAACACAAGAAACUUAGUGCAGUGAAGACAUUGGGUGAACCUGAUAAUGAUGAUUACAGUGCAGUAUCGUGGCUAAAAAAGUUUGACUUAGCUCAAGAAGAAAAGGAGAAGGCACAAAGACGAGCGAAAAUGUUGGCUGAAAUGGACGAGGAAUUUGGAGUUGGAGAUCUGGUAGAAGGUGCAAUGCAGGAAAAGACCUACACCUCUCGUGAUUUGAAGGGUUUAAUAGUGGAACAUAAAGAAGAAGAAUUUGUUGAGGGAAAGGAUGUUGUUCUGACUUUAAAAGACUCAGGUGUUCUUGAGGAGAAUGAUGAUGUCCUUGUUAAUAUCAAUAUUUUGGAAUCUGAACAUGCAAGACGUAACAUUCACCUUAGGAGAAAAAGGACUGACUAUGAUCCCUAUGAAGAGAUGGACGAAGAGGCAAUGCAGCAAACUUCAAUUCUGAAAAAGUAUAAUGAAGAAAUUGAAGGAGUCAAAAAGGCAAAUUUUGAGCUUGGCGAGUUUGGAGAUGUGGACACAUCUAAAGAAAGGGAAGCUCAAAUAGUAAAGAUGAGGCUGCAGUCUCAAGCACUCACAUUAGAGAAAGCCCCUGCCAAGAUUGCUUCAGAAUAUUUUACAAAAGAUGAGAUGGUUCAGUUCAGGAAGCCAAAACGAAAGAAAAAAGUUAGAAAACUGAAGGCUGACGACUUGUUGGGAAUAUCACCAGACAGUGAUAUGUUGGAUGAAAGGGACCAUGGAACCCGAGGAAAGAAAAGUGCUGAUGGUGAAGACAGUAUUAGCAAGUUGGAAGAGGAAGAUACUGAUCCACUUAUUGGGACUGCAUUUCAGAGAGCAAAGCGUUUAGUAAAAGAAGGUGUUUCACGAACCUCUGGUGCUGCAAAAGUUGCUCAGAUAUGUGAAAGAGAGAGUGGAAGAAUGAGCAGCAGUGAUUUGACAGGAGAUGAGAUUGUUCUUGACAAGACAGCAGAAUUUUGUCGACAGCUAGGAGAAGAAGAGGACCAUGUAGUAAAAGAAGAGAGGGGCGAUAUAGAUAGGAUGGAUGUGCAGGAAGGAGACUAUCAGGAGGCGAUGGGAAGCUGGACUGAGGUUGAUGUGAAUGCCCCCAGAGAGUUUCAGCCUAAGGUGUAGUACUCACUGUUGUGGUUGCAUAAAUAUAAGUAGACGCAUGUGUCUACAUGAUAGCCUGAUCUACUUACAGAAAAUGAUCCAUGUUACCGUAUAAUAUAUAAUACUAUAAUCUAUUUAUUUGUAAACACACGCUUUUAGGUUUGUUAUUGAAAUAAAUUGCAGUUGUUAAAAAAUUUGAGGUUACAACGUAGGUGCAACACGAGACCUGUGCGUGGGUUGGAACGUUAACCGACACAUUUUUUAUUUCAUGGCAUUAAGUUUUUCAUCAUGAUUUCAUGUCCCAAACAUUUGUUUAGGAACGGAAUAAGUGCCCGUUUAUAGAAGUCGCACACGCAUACACUCUAUUGUUGGAAGCAAAAAAAAUCCCUGCAUAUCCUGUUCCAUGUUGGCAUGUCAGCUACUGAAACAGGACAUGUAUGAGUCUACGUUCACCUAUUAUGCAGUGUCACUAUUGUGACCUGUUAUUCGGGAUCUAAAUCUUGUAGUACUUUUGCUCAGGACUCAGGUACCUAAUCUUCCCGUAGAGAAAGCUUUAAAACUUCUUAGGAGGAGGAACUGUAUCAAGAAGCAGAGCCUAAUGUUUCGAGUGGUCUCUCAGCUGCACUGCAAAUGGCUGGAAGGAAAGGGUUUAUUGAUACAUCGAAGCAGAAGAAGGAUUCAAGCAGUGUUGUUCAUGUGUACAGUGAUGUACACAGAGAUAAGUAAGUUAAGUUUGUCAAGAGUUGGUCAUAAAGAAUGCUGAUUGCAGGGAUUAUGAAAGACAAAAAGAGCGUGAAAGGGAAAGGGAUUUGUCACAUUCUAGGAUCAUGCUAUUUCCAGAGAAAAAAUCCUACAAUCCACAUGUCAACAUUGAGUAUGUUGAUGACAAGGGAAGAGACCUUACUCCUAAAGAGGCUUUUAGGUACAUGUCUCACAAGUUCCACGGGCGAGGUUCUGGCAAAAGAAAAACCGAGAAACGAAUGAAGAAACUGAGGGAAGAACAUUUCAUGAACAAAUCAAGCUCUGUUGAUACCCCUCUCAACACACUAGCAAUGCUACAAUCAAAGCAGAAGAAGUCACAAACUCCAUACAUUCUUAUAAGUGGUGGCUCUCAGUCAAUGCUUGCGCCGGAUCUAGAAAAAAAGUGAUAUAUAAAAAAACACUAAUUUGUUGAUAUUUCUUGUAGUGUCGUGAUUUUUGGUCAUUAACAUUAUGUUACUUGUUGCACUCAGCUACACUGAUUACAAUUCCAGUCCAACAGUUAGAGGAGGAGGCUAGACCAUCAAAACUCCUAGUAGUACAACAAAG